UAUCUUGUGACUUUUUCUACGUACGUGACCAGCGUUCUCGCAGCGUAUGUCGCCAUUGAACGGUGUCUUUGCGUGACCAUGCCUCUAAAGGUGAAAUGGAUGCUCACGCGAAAAGUUUCUUUCGUAGUGUGCAGCCUGGUGUCGUUUGUCGUGUUUGGUUGCUUUGUGGUCGUUUUCGGCAUUUAUGACAUCGUUUGGGUCUGGGACCCCAGCUACAACGCGUCGGUCGCCGUCUACCAGUACAACGCUUUCUCUACCCAGCACACCGAGGCUCUCUUCGGCUACUACAAUCUCUCAGGCACGCUCUGGCCAAUGGCCAGUCUUGUCGUCAUCGUCAUUUCCGCUGUCGUCAUCUCAGUCAAACUCCGCCAGGCUUCUGAGUUUCGAAACCAGCAUCACAACGGCGGGAUGGUCAAGGACAGUCGUGAAUCAGGUGCCCCUAACAACGGUCAAGCCAACCCGAACCCCAAGGCCAGCCGCGACCAAAAAGUCGUAAAGAUGCUGCUGGUCAUUAUAGUCCUCUACAUUAUUAAUUUGAGUCCCCGCGUUGCCCACUUCCUGGCCAAGUAUUUGAUCACAGAGUACUACUAUCUCCGUGCGUACCACAACCUGGCAACUGCCAUGGCAUACAUUGUGCUUUUCUUCGACUAUCUCAAUGCUUCUGUUGGUCUCUUUGUGUUUUUGUCAAUGAGCUCCACCUUUAGGGCCACGUACAAAAAACUGUUC